AUUGUAGCGGACACACUCAUAAAGUCAGAGCAAACGGUCACGUCUGCUAAUCCAUCGCGUGACGGGAUAUGAUCCAGUGACAAAAAGUACAACACAAAAUGUUGAAAAUAUUUAAACAUAGCAGUAAAGCGUAUCACGGAUUCCGACAAACGGUGGUACAAAAACGAUCUUUCUUAUCGGAAGCAUAUCGGUGUGAAGAAGCAUGGAAAGCUCGACUUCAGUCUCCAUUGUUACAAAAAUUUAAGCCAGAGGACUUAUUUGUAACCUUGGACCAUAAAUAUAAUACUGCUGGAAAAGUUAGUGCAGUUGAUAUUGACAUAUUUGCAAAUAGUGUAGAAGGAAAACAUCAGGUAGAAGAAUUAAUGAUUUUACUUCAAAAUCUGAGACGAAGUGCAGAAGCAGCAAAUAUAUUAGACUCAACACAUCAUGCUGUCAUAAGAUAUUUGUUAGAUAAUGAUUGUAUGGAUGAACUUAUGAAUGUGCUAUAUAACAGACUUAACUUUGGUAUUUUUCCUGAUCAUUUGAGUUACAAUAUACUUAUGGACACAUACCUAAAAAGGAAAGAUUAUGCCAGUGCUGCAAAAGUUGCUGCUUUAUCUAUGCUCCAAGAAGAUCAAGAGAAUCCAAUAACUAAUGCAUUAUCCAUAUAUGCUUGUCAUAAAUACUUAGAAAACCCUGAUACGUGGCAAAAACCACCAGAGCCAAUAGAAAAUUCUAAAGAGGAGAUCAGAGUACGUGUAGCUUAUCUUAGAAAUCCUUAUUUUGAUGACCAUUUUGAUCUUACAGAUCCAUAUGAUUUAGUGGGAAAAACAUUAGCUUUUCAAGGAAAAGCUAUGAAUGAUACAUUAGGAAGGACUUGUCAAUUAAGAGGUUUAAUACUAUACAAAAAAUAUCAAGAUGCAUCAAAAUUAAUAAAACAAUGGUUAACUGAAGUUAAAGGAGAUAUUGUUUAUAAUGAAAUAUUUAAUUUGAUUGAGAAAGAUAAUAAAAACAUGUACAAAGAAGAAGCACCAAAUGAAUUUAAACAAUUAAUGUCAGAAGUCAAUGAAUUAAAACAGAAGGAUUCAUGUAAGGAUAGUUUAAUUGAAGCACUUGAAAAUAAUGUUAAGUGUGCAGUUGAUAAGCAACAUGAUGUAGAUAUAAAUGAACAGUUACAGUGGGAUGAUCAAAGACAUGUAGUAUUAGGCAAGCAAUUAAAAGAAAUAAAUCAACAAAGUAGAAUCGAAAAUGUAGCUAAAUUAAAGAAAGAUCUAGAAAUACGCGAAAGAUUUUUAACUUUCUUUGAAAAUGAAGAACAAAUAGAACUAGAGAUAGAGAAAAAGGAAGCGAUAGAGCAGGCCGAGUUGGAUCGUAUUAAAAAAUUGCACCGUGUUGAGUUGAAAUUGAAGAAAUUGGAACUGCAAGAAGAAUAUGUACCACCUAAAAUUGAGCGUCGCAAAAACUAA